GGAAAGACAGUGCCAAUGCCAACUGAUUCACGCUUGUCACCGUCAACGUUCUUCUGGAAACUUCAAGAGAAAAAAAUUUAUACAGUGAAACGUAAAAAGUAUUCGACGAUCGUGCUUUCCGCGAGUAUGAACUUGGAGGCGGAGUUUCCGGUUAGCGUAGUGACGUGAAGUUUCUAACGUGUCGCUGUUGUGUGGCGUUGUGUGUGCCCGCCGCCAUCGCGACCGCCGUGAAGUGCGCAUCGUUAGUACCGAGUUGUGUGUACAUAUAAAUGGCGGCUGACGAAAAAUGGUACUUUACGAAAGAACAGCUUACAAACACGCCGAGCAGAAGAUGCGGCAUCGACGCGGAUAAGGAACUGAGCUACAGGCAGCAGGCAGCAAAUUUCAUUCAGGAUAUGGGACAGCGGCUCGUGGUAUCGCAAUUAUGUAUCAACACAGCAAUAGUGUACAUGCACAGGUUCUACGUAUUCCAUUCGCUGUCACACUUCCACAGGAACGCAAUUGCUGCAGCAGCACUAUUUUUAGCAGCAAAAGUCGAAGAACAGCCGCGCAAGUUAGAACAUGUUAUCAAAAUGGCACACAUGUGUCUCCACAGAGAUCAGCCCCCACCUGAUAUCAGGUCUGAGCAAUACCUCGAGCAAGCUCAGGAUCUGGUUUUCAAUGAGAAUGUCUUACUACAAACAUUGGGGUUUGAUGUCGCCAUUGAUCAUCCCCACACACAUGUUGUUAGGUGUUGUCAACUGGUUAAAGCGAGCAAGGACUUAGCCCAGACUUCAUACUUCAUGGCAUCUAACAGUUUACAUUUGACAACAAUGUGUCUGCAGUACAAACCAACGGUGGUUGCCUGUUUCUGCAUACAUCUUGCGUGCAAAUGGUCCAAUUGGGAGAUACCGCAGAGUACAGAAGGAAAGCAUUGGUUCUGGUAUGUCGACAGAACUGUAACUUCUGAACUACUACAAGAGCUUACAGCCGAAUUUCUCCAUAUAUUUGAUAAAUGCCCAUCGAGAUUAAAGAGAAAAAUCAUGAGCAUAUCUGCCAAUCAAAGUCCAAGCAUCAAUCACUCUAGUUUACCAAAUUCACCUUUCGAUGCGGAACCUCGUAAAGUACAGUCUCCCGCGACGACGGCCGAUGGACCUACAUUUUAUGCGAGUCGACCUCAUCAUACGGAAAAGCACGAAGAAAAGAAACAGAUCGUUCCUGCAUCCUCGAGACCCCCCGUCGAUUAUCGAGAGUAUCGAGAAAAGAAAGAACGUGAACGUUUAGAAAGAGAAAAAGCAGCUGCUCCUACGGCGGUUGUGCAAACCCACGUACCGGACAUCAACAAGCAUCAUUCGCAUCAUCACAAACCUUUAUCUAGUUCAAACGUGCUGAACAAACAUCCGUUGCCCCCUGGACAAAAAGCGCUUCAUCAUAACCAUCAUCACAGACCAGAAGUGAAAGUUGGACAACCAGUACCGCAAAGGCACUCCAGUAGUACUCAAGCUAGGGAACCAAAUCGCGAUCCUAACAGACAGAGGUUACCAAGGGAAUACAAUUCGAAUACCGGUACGAGUAGUAGUAGCACGCUUCAUUCUCACAGUCACGCGGCGUCGAAGGAAUCAAAUUCGGAUAACUCGCUGACGGAUUCAGUUGCGUACAGACCGGACGUCGGAACCCUCCUCGAGCCGCCCCAUGGAAAUAUGCAAGAGAAACUAAGUAAUAAUAAUCAUAGCGUGCAUAGAUUAAGCGGAUCGGAGGGCAAGCAUCAGGGUCACGACAAGAGAAUGUACGAUCCAAGGCAUAAGCCCGUGGAGCAUAGAAAGGACAGUGAGCAGAAAUCGUACAAGUAUCCGGAUCCGUCGAGAGUCGAUCGACAAAGAAAGUCUGACACGUUGGAGCAGAGGUGCGAGGAGGUAAGGAAGCUUAUCGAGAAGCCGUUACCUCUACCGAAACCUGCGCUGGACGUAUCGUACUCUUCGAAUACACAGAAACCACCUCAUCAUACGAAAUACAAUCAACCAGAAAAAUUACAAACCGGCGCGAUUGCGGUCGACACGAAAUUACCGCUUGGCCAGGGCUCGUUCGCGCAGGAGAAAUCCCCGACCAGUUCCAGUUCGACCUCGUUGCUAGCUCAAAAAGCCGUAACCUCGAAGACGAUGUCGAGCCAGCACACGGCUCACGGCGUGUCUCAAAUACUAAAAGACACGAUCAAGAAUGGUAGUUCGCAGGCGUCGAAUUUAGCGUCCUUGAAUAAUCUCGACGACCCGAAAACCGAAAAGCGACCACGGCACGACGACACGGAGAAGAAUUCAUCCGAAGUUCAACAGACCGUGUUGCAAACGCCUCCCGGCAAGCACAAAUCACUGUUCAGUCCAGAGAAAGUACCGACGCCUCGGGAAUCCCACUCGCAGAGGCCUAAGUCUAAGCAAAAGACGCCACCCUCGGCAGCAAAAGUUCCUAAACAAGAGCGUGUACCAGAUACGUCGUUAGGUUUUAAUUUAGUAUCGCCGUUCGCGAGCCCUCCGGGCUUGCAACCGCAGGAAACGAUGCCGGUUAAACGAUCGGCCAGCGACGUUUCCACAACGUCUCACAAGAGACACCGCACGGGCAGCGCUAGCGAGAACGCGCAACCGAUCAAGGUGAAGAUCGAGGAUACGUCCAGUUUGGAGGCCGUCAAGAUGCUCGGUAGGGUUCCAGAACUGAUACAACCUAUCAGAGACAAUCCGUCGUCGAAUGGCAGAGCCACACAAAUCGCGAACGACAUGAAACCACCAGAGCUCAUCAAACCGUUCGACUCGGAGCCAACCAUGUCGCGGUUCGUCGCGCAGCAGCAAAUCUCGUCGAAUCAACAAGGUUUGACGAACGGUAUGGAUACGAGUAUAGUGAAACAAGAGCCUCAGGACUUCCAAAUUAAGAAGGAAGCUUAUAAGACGGAAGAUGCUCGAGCGCAGAAGAAACUUGAGCACCAACAGAUUAAAGGAGAAUACUUGUCGCCGAUGAAGUCCGCUCAAAGUAUAAGCGCUCUGCUCCAGGAGCCCUUGGCAACGAUGCCAUCGUUGCUACAAGGUAUGCAGCCAUUUAGUCAAGUAACAACGCAACAGUCGCAUCAGGAGCAAUUCCAGCAACAGCAUCAACAACAGCAACAAUCCAUAUCUCAUCCAAUACUGCUUUCAGACCACCAGAUUCCAGUUCAGAAUCAAUGCCUGUCUUUACCAACGGUCAGCGAGCCCGCAUUAGCUUCUACUGUUGACAUAAGUGCUCUUUGCGUUUCCAUGCUAAGCGGCCCAGACCUCAUAGUCUCCGUGCCAACCUCGACGACGGUGACGGUCCCUGCUCCAGCGGAGGAGAAGCGAUCGGAGCACCACAAAAGCGAAAAGAAGAAAAAGAAAGAGAAACACAAGCACAAAGACAAGGAGAAGACUAAGGACAAGCACAAGCACAAACACAAAGACAAGGACAAAGAGAAGCAUCGGGAGAAGGACAAGGAAAAGGGUGACGAGACUGUGCUCGCGGUACCGAUCAAGAUCACGAUUCCUAAAGACAAAUUGAAUCUGAGCACGGAAUCGACAACGGGCACGACCGGACACAUGCCACCGCCAGACAAGAACAAGUCUCCCCAGAACACCAGCAUCAAGAUCAUCAUCCCCAAGGAACGCCUGAAAGGUACGGACAGCGUGACGAAUUCGCCAGCUCAGUCCGUGGUCCAGGCUCCUUUGAAGAUCAAGAUCCGCACGGAUGGGAUCUCGCGGAGUUCCGGGGCGUCUUCGACGACAAACAGCUCGAGCAGCAUCGUCCCAGAAUUCGUUAACGACAGCCGCAAACGCGAGCGCGCCGAAACGAAGGAGAACCCGACGACCAGUGUACCGCCUACGAAGAAGCAAUCGCAGAUGUCGGCGGGCUACGGGCAGCAUCGACUUGGCGAACGGCAGAACGGCAGACACUAUAGUUCAGGCAGCAAUAACAAGGAGAAACACACGUCUAGCCACCACAAAAGUUCCAGUAAGUUGUCGCAGUCCCAGCAGUCUCACGCGACGUAGUAUUCGGACACUGAUAGAAGAGGAUAUCGGUAAAAUGAAAAGAAAAAUAAAGGAAAGAAAUCUUCAGGAAGCCCUCCGAAGUGACCUGAUCAAUAAAUCCAGCGGAACGGAGGAACUCAUUUUGCUUCGCUUCUUCGUCCUUAUUGAAACCCGCGUCGAGACAUCAAUGGAAUGCAGCUUUCGUCGUUAUCCUCGUUUCUCGAGCUCGUCCCGGAUGAUCAAGAAGAAAACGAAUCUUCCUCAAUUAUCUUUCGAGCUCCCCUCCACGACGUCCACGAGGGAAAGUUCUUUCUCUCCGACGAUCAUCGUUCCCGGUUACUGCUGCACCGAACAUCAAUCAAGAAAGACGCAUGCUUGGCGCCUUACGUUGGCCAAAGUUUGAUGUAAAUCAAUCAGCAAUACGAUGCUUUUCGACUGCGAACAAAAUGAAAUGAAAAUAAUAUUCUUACUCAGGUGAAAUUACGCGAUAAGUUAUUAGAGGAAAGCAAACUUCACUUCGUCCUUGGUCAUUGGAACACGCGACUGAUCUUCACUUCGUUUCGUAUCUGCACGUCGUUCGUUGUUACUUCUAUCGUAAGAGACGUACUUUGUUUUCCCACUUUUUGCGGGAAAAAAAGCGGGUCAAACUUACGAAAGAUCACGCCUUGCGUCGACGUAGCCCUCGGGGUCUUUUGUUUUUAUUUUGUUUUUAUUUAAAGUAGUUUGGACUAAAUCGUAAAUGUAUCGUUUCAUAUUGGAAAAAUCAUUGCGCAAACAUGAGUUAUGCGCUAAGGAAGAUGGAUUUACAUUACGAUAUCGCGUAACCACAGAUCCAAAUUGGUUGACUCGACGUCGAAGAAUCAUUUACUUGCAACACGAUAUAAGGAUAUGUAGGUUUCAGAUCUCGAGGGUUGCCGCACUUUUUUUUUUUCUAUUUGUUAUUCCGUUCAACUGCCACGUUUCUUUGCAUCGAUGAACGCAAGACAAUGCAUCGCCAACUUCACGGCUAGCAGAUUGAUCGUCGAUCGAUUCGUUAGACUGGGACGUCUUCAAGUGUAAAGCAUUAGCGUAAUCAGCGUACGUUUGACAAGUACAACUACGUGGACAAGUGUUCCUUGAUCGUUCAUUGGAUCACAAGCGCGAGUGUCUUGUACCUUUUUUUUUUUUUAACACUGAUAAAGUAUAAGGACACAAUCAUUUGUAUCAUCGUUUUUUAAUGGUUUAUUUCCCGAUUUCUUACGCUCGUUGUGCAUUUAAUAACGAUUUUGAUACUCAGCUUUUUCAAUCGGUUAGAUCACACAAGAAAUUUAUCAUGUAUUUUACGAUUCGUUCAUUUUAAUCAACGUAUACGACAUACAGUUUUGUUAUUGUUAGUUGUAUCGAUAGUAGUUUAGCGUCUCCCAUCAUCGAUACUUGGUUAAAUAUUAGUUUCCCACAGAUUCGAGUGUCCAAGUCCCUAACGAGCGAAUCGUUUGCGCGAACCAAUUACCAUGCACACGCAUACUAAAAAGAAAAAAAACAUGGUCCAUGUCCAAUGAUAUUUAUUCGUGCCGUUUUGUUAUGUACAUAGCCGAGAUCAUGCAUAAUAUAGUAAGUAAUUCGAAUUAUACUAUCGCCAUUUAGUAUAAAGGACUAUAGAUAAAAUAAUUAAUAUUAUUGUCAGACUGUAAAUAAAAUUAUUUUGUAUGCCAAAAUAAACCAAAUGAAUGACUCGACACAUACACAGACACACACACACACAACGGUUACACGGCAUCGCUCACAUACAUAUAUCCGCAUAAAGACGAAUUACACACAGCACACAGAUACGCAAGAAUAGAUACAAGUGGUACAAGUUAUUACAGUACGCGCCAUCGGACGAGACUACAUCUACAAUAUCUUAUGAAGCAUGCGCAUAGUUAGCGAACCACGGUUAAUACUCGAUUCUGUUCUUCGUAGGUAUUAUUUUUUAAGAAAGAAAAUCGAUAAUAGAAUCCCGUAUUGCGAACGGCCGUGCGUACUGUACCGAGAAUAGAAGUGUUGUCGCCCUGUUUUCACGCAGACAUUUCGUACCGAGCAUUUGUUGCGUUGCAGUGGAAUCUCGAUAAUUGGCGAGGAAUCGGAUUAAAAGUGUUUUUAUUCCUCAUCUCUUGUACAAACAAAAUUUUGCCCAUCAGUCUAGAGUUAGAUAAUCCAACAAGAUCUAUUUCACACAAUAUGUCUCCGUACAUACUUGUUAAAAUUUCACGCACGUUGUUAAGCGACCAUUCACUCCACUUGUCGACAAAAUGCAACGAACAAGAUUCGUGCCGCAAUCUUAUCGCAUUUAUCGAGAUUCCACUGUACACCUUAGCGAGGAGCGUGAACGUUUCAGCGUGCUCUCGUUCUUAUAAUAAUAAUAUUAAUAUUAAUAUCAAUAACAUUAAUAACGAUAAUUAUAAUAACACCAACAAUGAUAGUGGUAACGAUAUAAGGGCGCAAAAAUGAAAAAAAAUUGAAAAACAACAAUAACGGUGACACGUGUCCCCCAUCGUUUGUGAACUUUUUAGCGAAUUCACACACACCGUAGCCAUUAUUCUCUUCGUCGUUCUUCUUUCUGUGCAUAUCGGAGUUUCGCGCCGAGCUCGGGAAGCGUGCACCGGGGAAAUGUAUUUAUUGAUUAACCGAUAAGCACGAAUUAUUGAAUUCGUAACAUAGAAAUCGUGGAUCGUAAUCGACUAUGUCAAAUUGCCUUUUUGACGCGUUCGUUCAACGAAAAUGUACGUUAGCAAUAAAUGUGUCCAGCGCCCUCGGCGCGAUAAAAUAACGUGCGAGCUCGUUCAAACAAUACCGAGGGAAUAUUUUUCAUUCUUAUUACGAUAGACGGAUGGAACCGACGAGUCUAUUUUAUCGCGCUGACCAUAUGUAUUUUCGUUAACGUCACGUGGCCGAGAGUAAACGAAAGUUCCACUUUAGAGGAUACGAGAAAUCUAAGAGCGCCGAUUUCUCACACGUCCGCGAUCGUCGAGACGCGUCGACGUCGCUUGUGUUUUCGUUUGUGGAAAAUAUCGUGGAAAGACAUCGUCUCUUUUUCUUUCAUAUUCUCUCUUGGCUGUGUGGUACAAACGACGUUUAUUGCUAAUUGUUUUCAGUCAGCGAAUAAAAUGUGUAUAUCUAUUUCAACAACUGUUUCAACAAUUUAACCGGUUCAGCGACACGGAGAGUACAAGAAUCUGUAAAAUGGUAUCGAAGGACGAGACGGCUAUUCCGAAUGGCGUAGUUUUUUUUUUUUGUUCUUGGUCGUCGUCGAAUUUUUUCGAAGUUCGAAUCGGAAAGUUGAAAAACAGAAGAUUAGUUGUAUUUCUGAGAGCGAGAGAAGAUUGGGGAAGGUAGAAUUGUGCGUUUGAGAGCUUCCGUUUCUUUUUUCGAGCAAGAAAGCUCGAUCGAGGUUCAGGAAGAGAGUUUUUUAAAGAAGCGAACGGGAGCUGAUCGACAGAACCGUGUUCGCGUUGUAAAUAAAUUUAUUCUUAAGGACUUAAACAGAAGCGACGAUUCGUGGAGAGUGUAUACUUAUUAUUAUUAUUACUAUUACUAUUAUUAUUAUUAUUAUUAUUAUUAUUAUUAUUAUUAUUAUUAUUAUUAUUAUCGUUUGCAAUUCAUGCAUUUGUAUUUCACACACGCAUGCCAUUGAGCUGCGUAUCGUGGGUACACGCUCGACCCGGAUGUCCUCAGUCGCGAAAAAUGAUUGUCCUGAUCAAAAUGAUCGUACGCAAAAUCGAGAACAAAUUCUACUUAAACUGACAAGCAUUUUACAUGAUUUUGUUUACGUAACGAAACACGUUUUCAAAAAUUUCCUUAAGUUUUCUUUCUCUUGUUUUGAAACCACGUUCCAUCAUCCUCGACGCGAAACGGAUGUCGCGCAUCCGUUGUUCCAGUGAAGUGUGCAAUCAUUGUAUUCACGAGGAGGACUAGAUUUCGACGGAUGUAUUUAGAUUUUUAGAGAGAUAUUUUCUCCGUUUCCUCGCGACUGACGAUUUUCGGGAUCGCGCCGGGCUUGCCUAGUUUCAGGCGGCGUUUAAAAAAAAAGUUAUCCUCAAUAAAGAGAGAAGCAAAAGAAUGACUAAAACAAAGCAUUUCGCAUUCCACGUUAUUUCACCUCUCGUGUUUACGUCCCUUCGAUUUUGCCACUUUUUCCUUUUUAUAAAUUCAAAAGUGGUGGAUAAAAUUCUUUGCAGGAAUUUUUAGAACUGGGACACACAUGUGUCCCAUGAGUUUUUUUAAAUAAAAUAUACAAGUCCAAGCAGGUUAGUAUAGAUUAUAUUUUUGUUCUUGAAAUGGACAUUUCAAAUAUAAUAACGAAUACAUAAAGUGACUCACUAUUUGCACGUUUUCAACAAUUCCUCGAAUCUUAUCGUUAUUGAUAUACGCAUAAAUUUAUAUCUCAUCAAACGAUC